GUGACGUCAUUUUGCUAAGGUAAACAGUAAUGGCGGCAUUCGUGGACUGAGAAGACAGCAGUGGAAGUUUUAUGGUUACAUUGUCACGAUAAAUGUAACAGAAUGGGACAGCAAAAUUCUAAAUAUAACAGUCCUCAGGCUGACCCAGAGAAGGGUGUGAUCCCACAGAAUACCAAGAAGAUCCAGGGUCUGUCCAGAAUUCUGACGGCUAAAGCUGAGCACAACAGGGAGGUGGCCGUCCAGGGCUGGGACAAACAUAAUGAGAAUAUGAGAAAUACCCAGUUGCUGAAGGGCUUAUUUAAGCAGCUUGAUCCUACCGUGGCCAAGGCUGUAGGAGAUAUGAGAGGUGAAAUCCAGCUCUCAUACAAGUAUGACUUCAAGCGCCAUCUAUUGUUAGUCAAGGUUAUCAAGUGCAGAGAACUCAAAAGCAAAGACUUAAGGUCCAAAUUGUCUGACCCAUAUGUCAAGUUGACGCUCCUACCUGACAAUGAAGCAGCAGGCGAGAGAAGAACAGCGAUCGUCAGACAAUGUAACGAUCCUGUCUAUGAUGAAAUUUUUGCCUUCCCCCUGGAGGAACAUGAGCUGAAUGACCUGAAAAUGGUUGUCCAGGUUAUGGAUGCUGAUAUCAUGGGACAGGACGACUUUAUUGGGGAGGUCAUAGUGGACAUGAUGACAUUUAACUUUCGAGAGACACCAUUUCACACCGCCUGGUACACACUCAACAUGGAGACUGACCUGAAUGUGACAGGAGAACUAGAGUUUGGGGUGGAGUUCCAGCUCCCCUCCUGUCUCCUGGUGACCAUGUAUCGUGGGCGGGGACUCAGUGCCAGGGAUGAGGGAAAAUCAGCUGAUCCUUUUGUUAAACUGACCGUGACUGGUACAUCAUCUAUGUUCCAAACCCAGGUUAGAAGAGAUACACUGGACCCAGAGUGGAAUGAGACGUUUGAGUUUGACGUGACACAAGAAGAUCUCAGCAGCAGAUACCUGAUAUUUCACGUGAUUGACCAAGAUAGAGGGGUCAACAAUGACUCCUUGGGUCAAGUUGUAAUUGACCUUCGAACUUUUGAUCCAGAAAAGCGCAUCCAUGAAACUCACAAACUUGCUGAUCUGAGGAAUACAGAGUUGCUGAGGUCAAAAUGGGGUCAACAUGCUACGGCCCAGGAGUUUAAGGAGGCAUUCAUUGCCCACGCAGCAACCAAGCAUCCCAGGUUCCUGUUUGCUGAGCAUUCUGGGAAAAAGGUGGUCAACGUCAGCUGUAGAAAAGCAGGUGCCCAGGGCAGGAUACGCAUCAUUGACGGCAUUCCGGUCAAAUGACGCCUGCGCAGUCAGCCAUCCGUGUCCUUUCCUCGACCGAUCCUCGUCUUUGCCUUUUCAUUCACGCUCGAGUUAGCCCCUGUAUCGGCUAUCCUAGACUGUGAUAUUCUUCUGUAUUUGUAGAGUAAAUAUUGAUGUUUAUUUUCUAUCUAAAUGUGCACACGACCACUUGUUUGUUUUACAUUUUCAAAGUCAUUAAGUCCGUCCUAAUGGUUAUUUUAUUACAUGUGUAGUUUAUGGUAAUCUGUAAGCGUAAUUACAGUUCACUGGAUAUUUUCUGAUUAACCAUUUCUGUUUUUUUUUUUUAUUAUUCAGUACCGAUUGUAACAGGACAAAUAGAUAUAA